AUAAUAUAAUAUAACAUGAGCAGCACCAGUGAAAUUGAAGUCAGGGUCAGUCAGGGUGGAUGGUUAACUGCUAAAAAUUUAAAACUCAUAUCCAGAGGGAGUCCGGGGAGGAGAAACCGUGUGGGCUUCUGUUAAAAACACUUGCUGUUUUUGCACUUUCAAACUCUUGCUCAAUUUCUUCCGACUGCAAACUUCUUUCUCCUUCCCUUCACUGUCUGUCAAACUUCCUUCUCAUUUUUAGUCUCACAAAGACCCUUUUUUUUAUUUUUUAUUUUUAUUGUUAUCUGCUCAUGAAGAUGACCAUGUAACAGUUCCAUAGCAGAAUCCGUCAGAGAGGAAAUGAAGGCAUGGCCAACAAGUGUGCUAUUUAUGCACCUGAUGACACAAAUGGUCUUGGCUGUUACCUCUCCUCUGCUUCUUCCUCAUCUUCUUCAUCUUCUUCCUCUUCUCCUUCUGCCCUCAUCUAUCCUUCUUCAAUGGGGAUGUUCUUUGCAGACAUGGGUUCUCUGUCCAUUAAUCCCAAUUGUGGGGUAACAUCAGCCAUUUCUUCUUCACAAGAGAGUUAUGCCUGCAAUGGCUACAGAGUGGAAAAUGAGAGAGCUUCUUGGGGCAUUCCUUUUAUGGGUGGAAACUGCAAUUUCAGAAACUUGGAGGACCAGCCCACCAUUGAUGUGGUGGAGGCAUUGGAGGGCAAGGGCUCCGAUGAUUGCAGUGAUGAUGUUGGAGAAAAUAAUGAGGCCAAUGUUCCCAAUGCUAGCUCAAAUGAGGAGAUCCCAAAUGAAGGAAUGGUCAGUAGAGCUGAUAGUGGACAGUCAAAGCUCUGUUCUAGAGGGCAUUGGAGACCUGCAGAGGACACCAAGCUUAAGGAACUUGUGGCUCUUUAUGGCCCCCAAAACUGGAAUCUUAUAGCAGAGAAGUUGGAAGGGAGAUCAGGUAAGAGCUGCAGGCUCAGAUGGUUUAACCAGUUGGACCCAAGAAUUAAUAGAAGAGCAUUUACUGAGGAGGAAGAAGAUAGGCUAAUGGCUGCUCACAGGUUGUAUGGUAACAAAUGGGCAAUGAUAGCUAGACUCUUUCCAGGAAGAACAGAUAAUGCAGUGAAAAACCACUGGCAUGUGAUAAUGGCUAGGAAGUACAGAGAACAAUCCAGUGCUUAUAGGAGGAGAAAGCUGAGUCAAUCUGUUUGCAGGAAGAUGGAAGAUGAUCCUGGCUUUGUCUACAGGGACACAGCAGCCACAAGGACUGAAACACAACCAUACUGUGCUGGUAUCUGCAAUGUGGGACUCAACAUCAACAAUCUAGCUUCUUUUCAAUUUGCAACCUCAAGUGGUGCUGGUGGAGUAAAUUAUGGGUCCAAUGGUUCGCCCCACCCGGCCUACGGAGAAGCCAUCUCUGGUAGCAAUGUUUCCUCUCACAAUGGGUUUUAUGCACAGCAGACAUCUUUUGAUUUCUUUCCUGGCCAUAGGAGCUCUGGCAAUGAUCACAACUUCUCAGGCUUCUAUGUUCAACACCACCCUUCAUUGAUGGUUGCAAUGCAACAAUCUAGCAAUCCUGACCCUUCUAGUUUCUCGGAUUCCACAGCUUCAGUCCCUCAAGUUUCAACCACUGAACCAUCAUCUUCAGCUUCAGAAAGCAGAGUAGGCAGUCACUUUGAGACCAAUCCACCGCCAUUCAUAGACUUUCUUGGGGUAGGAGCCACAUGAAAUUGGAAAGAGAACCGAAAAGGGUAUCCCAGAAUCAUCAAAGAGGACCUCAAAAAUAGCUGUGCCCUAAGAUAACCGGGACCAUUUGAGGUAAAGAGAAGGAUGUUUCUUUCAGUUUGGGUGACAGUAAAAUAUCUGCAUAAGUUUCUUGAAGUCGUGUCCUACUUACUAUCUUUUUCCUGUAACCCCCGUUCCCACAUGAAUUAAACACUUUUCAAUAAAUGACACCACUUUUUUCCCCAA